UCCUUUAAAAGCAGAAAAAACUAGGUCAAAUGCCUGGGCUUUUUUUUCAAUUAAUUUAUCUACUGAGGAGUGGCAGAUGGGCUUCAAUACUCAAGUUUCUCUCUCUCCUUGCUCUGAGGAUAAAUGUGUAAGUGAACAAAGAUCUCAAAAAGUGAGGAAACCUGAACAGACUCACACAAACAGUUCAGCAGAGCUAAACUGCUAUCAGUCAAAUGAGGGAUUGGUAAAGGAAAACUAUCAUGAAACAGAAACUGAGGAAGUUGGCAAUGUCAUAAGCAAUGGUGUGUCCGCAUCUCCAACUGGUGAAGUGCACUUUGAUUCCCUAGUGGAAGCCAGGGCUGCCUUCAUGCAGGGUUCGAGUGAAGCAGAUAUGCCGAUAAAUGAUGCUACACCAAUUACACUGAAGAGGAAGAGACACAGGAGAAUUGUCAACUUAGCACCAAAGUUUAACCUACCAAGACAGAUCUUUGCUCAUACAGAGGAAGGGAAGGACAUCCUGAUAAGAGAAGAUAUUCCCCAAAAUAAUGUUUUAGAAGUGAGGCAAAAAUACUUUCUAAGCAAGAACUGUGAAGAAGCACAUGAACAGGACCAUACAUUGCAGGAAUAUUCCUCACCCACUCCGGAUGCAGGUGCUCUGUUACAUAAUAUUUCUUACAUUCAUUCAGGACAAUGUUCUCCUAUAUCAAAAUAUGCCUGCAGAGUUUGGGUAGAUUCCAAAACAAAGGAGGUGCAAGCUACAACUCUUCAGCAACAACAGAUAGUUAAUAAAAAAGAAGAUGAGGUUGAACAUGUUUCUUCAGUGGUUACAAACGGCCAGCCAGAUAAUUUAUCUUCUGUUAAAGUUGUUUCUGAAUAUCUAGAAGAUUCUACUCCAUUGGCAAGCUGCAGUGAAAAUGCAAAUGGAGCAGAUGACUCUGAGCCACCAAAGACAUCACAACUUGAAGAUUAUCAAGAUGCAGAUGUGAAAUGCAGUUUUCUGGGACUUCCCUUAUCAUUAGGAUUUGCUUUUCAACUUGUGCAGCUCUUUGGUUCUCCAGGUCUUCCACUGGAAUCCUUGUUGCCAGAUGAUUAUAUAGUUCCCCUUGACUGGAAAGUUUCAAAGAUGAUCUAUUUACUGUGGAAGACCUCUGUGGAGGAAAAACAGAAAACAAACGGAUUGCAGAAGGAAGAUGGCUUGACUAAUGAUAUUAUUAAUCUUGAAGAUAUAAAUAAAAAUCACCAAGAGAAUCAAGACUCAUCUGAAACACUAUUAGACAUGGAGCUAUGUCAAGAUGUGAUAGAGAAGAACAUCAUAACCUGCACUGGCUGUCUGGAUGCUGCAUUUCAUCAGUCAUGAGUGACUGUCUUAAAUUCUGCAUGAAAAAACAGAAACUUCUCGCUUUAAUUCCACUAUGGAAGGACUUCAGUUGGCCAUCAAGGAUUUUAAAUGUGAGGGAUAACCUGGAAGAAAGAAACCACUGUAGAUUUUUUGGUGUACAUCUUUGGCCACCUCCCCCCAACACUGCCCCCUGAUAUCAACCUCUCUGACCACGUAAUAAUGAUCAAAAUUGAGAUAAUUUUGUGUAUGGCAAAAGGUCAUUUUCUGAAGCCAUUUGGGAUUUACACUUUGUCAGUACAUCCUCAAGUGUGGUGUAAAGAGAUUGAGAGUGGAGACUAGAGGCAUUUGUCACUUAUGGGGUGUGAGCUUCAGGCUGUAGUAUUUCAUUAACUUGUAUCAGGAUCCUGGAUAUCGCCACAGAAGCAGGCAGUGAUGCUCACCUGCAGGGAAUGGUAUUUGUUAUGCAUCUUAGCUGCCUCCUUCUGCCUUCACCCUCAGUCAUAAUUGCACCCAGUCCCUUUACAACCUCAGAUGGUAAAAAUCUUCAUCUGUCUUUCCUAUUCACUCAUCCAGAGGUGCACAACUUCCCUUCUUUUCACCUGAAACCAGGCUUUAGGCUUCUCCUCAGCUAGACUCAUUGGGGAAUUUGGGACUACAGAAAAAAGAACAUUUCACUACAGAACUGAUUCAAACAUGCUGGAGGAAGGGUGUGUGUGGUUUGUGGUAGACUGAGAAGAUGUAUAACUAGCACUGGUAAGCAGUGAUUUGAUGUUUCUGUUAGUGGUGUUGGAAAUAUUUAUGUAUUUAGAGAUAAACAAAUCAUAAUUAAUUAUAAAGAGCAACCUCUGUCAAUUAUGAGGCAUGCAUAAGGUUGGACACUUCCUUGUAGGGAGAGGGAGUGACAGCUGUCACCUCAUUUAACAAUAAAAGUGUGUGAAAAGAUUAAGGAAAAGCAGGAAACUUGGUUGCGUCUACUUGUCAGAGGUAGUAUUUCCCACUUGAGCAGCUUGCAGAUCCUGAAUAUUUCUCCAUUCAUUCUUUCAUAUCCUGUUCCUCACCUUUCCCUGCAUGUGCUUAUACAUCAGCUGAAGAUCCAGAACUUGACUGAACUUGUGCUGAAGCUCCACCAUGGUCAAAUUUGCCAAUGUGUCUCCACUUUCUAAAUACUGCAUCUGUAUGAAAACAGUUAACAAUGUAUGUAUUUCUAAAUUAAUGUUGUACCACUGGAGAAAUUGUCUGGCUGCACUGUUUGAAUGCAUCUCCCAUGUACAUGUGUGUGUCUUCCUUGGCUGGAAAUGUCCUGUUCUACCAGCAGACCAUUAUACAAACUGUAAAGGGGAGGACGAAGGGAGCUCAUACCCGCCAUAACCACAGCUUCAGCCUUCUGUGUUGUACUAGUGGCACCAGACAAGUUAGUUUGAUUUCAGAAAAAUGUCACUCAAGGAUUAAUACUGUCUUCGUACUUCUAUUUAUUGAGCGAGAAAUCUGAAUGCCUCUAUUUUCUGUUACUGAAUCCUGGCCUUCCUCAAGAAUGCUUGAAAUAAAAAUAGUUUUCAAAAUCUCA